AUGCUCAACAGCGCUGGAAAGAGAUUUAAACCCACCAAAUAUAUCCCGGUAUCCACAGCUGCCACACUUCUUGUGGGAUCGACUACUUUAUUCUUCGUUUUUACGUGCCCCUGGUUGACCAAGGCUGUUUCGCCCGCUCUUCCUCUCUACAAUGGCGUCGUCUUCCUCUUCGUCCUGGCCAACUUCAGCAUGGCCACCUUCAUGGACCCUGGAGUGUACCCCCGAGCCAACGAGGACGAGGAUAAGGACGAUGACUUCCGGGCCCCGCUCUAUAAGAACGUGGAGGUGAGGGGGGUCCAGGUGCGGAUGAAGUGGUGUGCCACCUGCCACUUCUACCGGCCCCCGCGAUGCUCCCACUGCAGCGUCUGCGACAACUGUGUGGAGGACUUCGACCACCACUGCCCCUGGGUGAACAACUGCAUCGGGCGCCGGAACUACCGCUACUUCUUCCUGUUCCUGCUGUCUCUGAGCGUGCACAUGGUGGGCGUGUUCUCCUCCGGCCUGCUCUACGUGCUCCACCACCGCGAGCGUCUGGCCGAGCUGCAGACCGCGGUCACCAUGGGGGUGAUGUGUGUGUCGGGCCUCUUCUUGGUACCUGUCGUGGGGCUCACCGGCUUCCAUAUGGUGCUGGUGGCCCGGGGGCGCACCACCAACGAACAGGUGACGGGCAAAUUCCGCGGAGGAGUAAAUCCCUUCACGCGGGGUUGCCGUGGCAACGUGGAGUAUGUCCUGUGCAGUCCGCUGGCUCCCAGAUACACGGUGGACCUCAGGAAAAAGCCCCCUGUGAAGAUACAGCCCCCCUUCCUCCGGCCUGAUCUCUCCGACUGCCAGAUCAUCAUCAAGGUCAGCGACAACGGCCUUCACAGCACGGUGAUCAGCUCCAAGUCCAAAAGCAGCCUAAAUGUCCUGGAUGAGACUGACACACAGCCCCCUCUGCCCCCCAAGGCUGACCGGUACAACCAGCUGAAAAAUCAGAUCACCGCCACCGAAGAGAGUUCACUGCCUGGGAAGAUCCACCCCUCCACCCCAGCCAUGUACAAAUUCCGUCCCUCCUUCGGCACCAUGCCUAAAGUCCACUACCAUGCCACUGGAGAGAAGAUCGUGAUGCCCGACGACCCAAAGACGCCCGCCAUCUUGGAAGAGGGCGUCCGCGCCCACGACUACCGCUCGGAGCCCAACCUGGACCUCCCCGAGUACGGCAGCGCGCCCCUGCACCGCACCUUCCAGUCCUCCCCCCUCCAGCUCGACGCCUACCCGGCCAGCAGCCACACCCUGUCCCUGAAGCAGGCCCACCACCUCCACCAGAGGGCCACCAAGGGCCAGCUGCCGGCCCUGCAGCCCGAGACGCUCUCAUCCAGCCCCUACAAGGGCGUCUUCUCCCCCGGCCCGCUGUCCAACCGCAACGGCAGCCUGUCCUACGACAGCCUGCUCAACCCCAGCGUCUCCCCGGCCGCCAUCGCCGCCGAGUUGGCCGCCCACCCAGGCCUGCCCUCCAUGGGCUUCCACUCACCCUACCUGCCCACCAAAAUGUGCCACAUCCGGGGCCCCGAACUGAAGAGGCAGCAGCAGCAGCAGCAGCAGCAGCAUCAGCCGGUGGUGGCGGCGCCCGGCUACAGCCCGGUGAUGCAGGCCCGGGGGAUGGGCCGCCACUCGCCCCUCUCCAGGGAGAGGGAGCCGUCGCCGGUGCGCUACGACAACCUCUCCCAGACCAUCAUGGCCUCCAUCCAGGAGCGCAAGGAGCUGGAGGAGAGGGAGAAGCGGCAGGUGCUCCACGGGCGGCCGCAGACCCCCGCCUACGGCCACGACCCGGGCACGUUCGACAGCCCCGGGGGCUACGGGCCCGCCAGCGCCUGCUGCCCGGACGGGCCCCGCGGCUCCUCCGUCUCCAGGGGCCCCACGCCCCCGGCCUACGGGGGCUCCAGGGACAACUUGAUGGGGGCGGGGCUGGGGUUGUACGGCCAGCGAACGCCCGUGUCGCGUCACGCGACGCUGGGCCGCGCGCCGAGGACUUCCUCCAGCUCCCUGCACACGGAUCACAGCAGCACCAGCAGCAGCCAGGGCCGGCCCGCCUUUCAGGAGGGCCUGUACCGCUCCCCGGGCCACCACCCCCACAGUUCCCCCGCCCUGCCCCGGUCCCCCUCUUACACCAACCAGAAACUCUCCUACAUCAGCGCGCUGGAGAGGACGGACUCGCCCCGCCUGGGGGGCCCAAGGGAGGCCAUGAUGCAGGGCAAGAUGAACGGCCAAAUGGACUGCCACGCCAUCUCCCAGCCCCCUCCCCCGAGUCCCGGUCGCCACGCACACAAGGGGGUCCGAAAGGUCACCGGGGUCGGCGGGACGACCUACGAGAUAUCCGUGUGACCGUCAGAGGCCCCUCCCAACGGCAACAACCAAACAUUCAGUUUUCAUAAGGCAACCCGACUGCCUUACAUACACACAAAAACACACACCCACACACCCACACACACGACCAGGGCAGAUCCACAUCUGGUGGUCCCUUUUUGAACUUCUGGAGAUCAACCAAUUGUAGGACUGGCUCGGAGGUUUCAUCAGAUCCGAGGACCUCUGCUGCUCUGCUCUAGCAAAUUGCUUGGUUGCGUUUGUGCUGCAAGGGCAUGGGAUUGUUCAUGAGUACUGCUGUGUGCUGUAUGGAGUACUGUGUCCUUAUGUUUUGUGGCUCAUUAACUUGAACGUCCAGCUCUGUUGCCCUUACAUCCCGACACACACACACACACACACACACACACACACACACACACACACACACACACACACACACACACACACACACACACCAUGUUAUCUUAACAUGGAUCAUUCAUCUCAUCUGUGU